AUGUCGUUGCUGGCAGCAAUUUUUAUCAUUAUCACACUUGGACGAGUUACGGAAAGUUCAAUAGUUUUACCGACUGAUUAUUGCACAAUCGGAACUAACCGAAUUCUAGGGGAAACUAUAAAGUGGUAUUUGGAAGAUCAGCGUUUUCUAACAGCGAUAGAGACGAAUGAUAAUCAAGGCGGAAUACGAGUUUCGUUGAUGUGCAUAGUGGACAUGCAAAAGAAACCUGUCAAAAUCUACACUCUUGACAGGUUCAUUCAACAGAUACAACAGUAUCGUCAUGAUGGAACCAUCGGUCGUGACAUCAAUCCAUUCUCCCAAGUCGAAGGGUUUGUUAGCUACGGAACGUUUGAAACCUUUAAGCUGUCACUUCUCGCCAACAUUGCCGUUCAUAAUCCGUUAGCAAAGUUGGUUCUGGUGGGUCGAAAAUUUACUCAGAAGCAGAUCAUUGAAAUAUUCCACCUUGCAUGGACUCGUUUCAAUAUUCCAAACUUAUUGAUACUGCAUCGGAUUGAAGAUGCAACGGUACAAUCCUGCUUAUUCAAUCCAUACCUGAACGAACCUGAGGUUAUUGAUGCACGGAAUUUGCACUGUCAGUUGCUACGGUCAUUAGAAGAUGUUGAGAGGUAUAGUCAACCGAUGAAACAAUUUGUGGUUGAUCGCGCGAGGGAUCUCAAUCAAUAUCCAUUGAAAAUUGCGAUUGGAGAUAUUGAAUUGAUGUCGGAGCCUGUCUACGGUAGCAAUGGCCAAAUUAGACGAUUCACGUAUUUAGACGGCGAGAUAGUUGAGAUAAUGAAACAGAAGAUGAACUUCACCACAAACUUCGUUAUUUUGCCCAGCCAGUUGUCGACGGGAUUCGUCUAUCCAGACGAUUCUUUGGGAGGAUCAUUAGAUCUAAUUGAACGUAAUAAAGUAGAUCUAGCAGCUAAUUCUAGGAUCAUAUAUCAAUACAAUAGUAGAAAUGUACAAUAUCUCUACCAGCUUACGACGUCAAAGCUAAUUUUCAUCGUACCUGAGAACUACUAUCAAUCGCGCAGUAAAAACAGUGUAUUUUUCAAUGCAUUCACUUGGUGGUUUUAUACAAUAAACACUACCAUUGCAGUGAUGUUUCCUCUGGUGCUCAAAAUUAUUGCACUAAAUUCAAGAAACGAAUAUAACGAAUCCUACGGAGCAAAUGUUAUCUAUACAUUAGCAAUGACGCUGGCUCUUACUUCAAAGCUGCCAAAACUUAUCCAUGCUCGUGUAAUACUUUGUGGAAUAAUGGUCUAUUCCGUAGUGGCCUCCUCCCUCUGGCAAGCGGUCACAAUAAAACGACUCAAUACUAACAACGACUAUCUCGACAAUUUACAAAAUUUGGAUGAGUUAGUAAAUUCCGAAUUAGAACUUAAAAUACCCGUCGCAUAUAAAUACUUUAUUCAACCCUCUUAGCAUAUCUAUAUACCCAUGGAAGGGCUGUACAAGCAACUCUAUCAUGAGGCGAUGGUCGCAGACAAAGAUAUCACUGGUGCUGAGCUGAUUGAGGAUAUGUUGAAAAAACGGACAUCUGCUGUAUUGAUUCAUGACCUUCGUUCGGAAGUGGUUAGGGCCCGUUAUUACGAUGCUGAGCGAAUGCAGAGUUUUCUUCACAUAAUCAACGAGCAGGUAUUCGAGUUCUAUACUGCUAUGGCACUGCCCAAAGUCUCACCUUUUCUGGAACAGUUCAACGAGAUCACUACUAGGUGCGUUGAGAGUGGAAUUGUAGCUUAUCAGUUGUCGAGAACUAAAUUUAGAAGUACAAUACUCAUGAUAGCGGCUAUUAGAGAUGAUCAGCAUUUGGCAAUGGACACCGGAUCGAAGCGAUUCGAUCUGGGUGCCUGGAGAAAUGUGUUUUUCGGUUACUUGGGAUUGAUUGUGCUGGCUUCGUUGGUAUUUUUUGGAGAACUAGUGAUUUAUAAACUACAACUUCGGAUAAAGCGAACAUUGUUCGAAUUAAGUAACAGGAACAAAAUAUGUGCUAACAUAAGAUCAUUACCUCAAUAG